UAAAAUCUGACAUACCCAAACCCAACAAUAUCAAAGCAACAAGAAACAGCACAAAUGAGUACCAUAAACAGCACCGCUUGUUUCUCUUCAGUCUUCCUAAACCCGUCACAAACUGAACUUUUUCCUGCAAAUUUCAAAUGUAGGUUCAAUUUCAUGCUCCCCAAGAAGCAAUCUAAAAUGGGUGCUCCUAGAAUUUUCUGUAACUUAGCUGAAACCGAGACUGGGAUUGAUGAUAAUCCCAGAAACAGUAAGGUUUCUGUGAGGUCCAAGAGCAGGCUGGAAGAGUAUAACACUGCCAUGAAGAAAAUGAUGAGGAAUCCAUAUGAGUAUCAUCAUGACCUUGGCAUGAACUACACACUGAUAACUGACAAUUUGAUUGUCGGCUCUCAGCCCCAGAAACCCGAAGACAUAGAUCAUCUGAAACAAGAAGAGAAGGUGGCCUAUAUACUGAACCUGCAGCAGGACAAUGACAUCGAGUAUUGGGGAAUCGACUUGCAGCCUAUAAUCAAAAGAUGUCGACAACUUGGAAUUCGUCAUAUGAGAACACCUGCAAGAGACUUUGAUCCAGAUUCCUUGAGAAAUAUAUUACCUAAAGCUGUUUCUUCAUUGGAAUGGGCCAUUGCUGAGGGAAAAGGAAGAGUAUAUGUGCACUGCACAGCUGGUUUAGGUAGAGCUCCAGCAGUGGCUAUUGCAUAUAUGUUCUGGUUCUGCGGCAUGAAUUACUCAUAUUUGAUGCGUUUCCGGACAAGGGUAUAAGAGAUAUGAUCCUCCAAGGAGGCAAGAACCCUCAAAAUACAUAGAAAAAUAUUCUAUGUUCGCCACAUACUCAUAUCCAACUCUUCUACCUGAGUCCAAAUAAAAUAGAUUCUAUAACAUAAUCGUCUUUAGCUUAUGAAGUUUCAGUGCUUGGUAUCUGUUAAAACUGUCAGCUAAAUACAGCAUUCGAAGCACUGACCUCAAAACGACCUUGUGGACCCAAUAAAAGAGCAAUACGAGGAGCCACCUAUGAUCUGGCUAAGAAUGAUCCAUGGAAGGAGCCCUUUGAAAAUCUUCCUGAACAUGCUUUUGAGGGUGUAGCAGAUUGGGAGAGGAAGUUGAUUCAAGACCGUGUUCGUUCCCUCCGUGGAACCUGAGUAUCUCGGUUAGCAUUCUCUUAAAGCCGGUUCACAAGCGCAUGGCAGACAAAUCCGCAAAAUCUUAGGCAUUGCUUGUGGGAUGUUGAAGCUGAUCUCUCCAGGGACUAUUUUCCUGACUGAAUAGCAAAUUACUUGGUCAAAUCAUAAAUAUGAUCUGAUUUUUAUAGAAACUAUUUGUCAUAAACCAUAAAUAAAACAUAGAGAAGUACAGAAAACACGGAAUAUUCCAUGUUCAAAGCAUGGUUUAUAUGCUAUUGAAGCUAAAAAUUUUUAGGUUCGUAACUUGAAUGAUCUCUCUGGUGAUUCAUGUUACAUAUAUUGUACCAUUAUCAGAUAUAUUCAGAUUGUGGUUAACAGGAUGCAAGCUCGAUCGAGUUCAUUUUUGAAGAUCUCGAUUUGACUUAAACUCUAUUUGAUUAGGUUCAUCUACUUAAUAAAACAAGAGUUUGAUUA